CUUUUCGGACCUUACGGAAAUUGACGAAACACACGUGAGAUGUAACAAAAAUAUUGAUUGGUCAGUCAUUUCCGUUAAUAAUUAGUGAUUUCCGUAGCCAACAUGGGUGUCGACGCACCGCUCUUCAUAUUUUCAUUAAUUGAUGAAGGAUAUCUUCUUUUCCUUAUCGUGUACUUUGUUAUCACAUUAUCAGAUUUAGAAUGUGAUUACCUAAAUGCCAGAACUUGCUGUGAAAAACUUAAUUUUUGGGUUUUACCAGAAAUCAUUCCACAGGCAAUAUUAACAGUUUUGCUGUUGUUCACUGGUCACUGGCUGUUAUUUCUUGUCUAUGGAACAUGCACAGCGUGGAUCAUUUAUAGAUAUGUUACUAAGCCAUCAGGAAAUAUAGGAAUAUAUGAUCCUACAGAAAUCCAUAAUAGACAACAACUUAAAUACCAUAUGAAAGAAAAUCUUUGUAAAAUGGGAUUCCAUCUUGUUUUCUUUUUUGUGUACCUGUAUUUGAUGAUAUACUCACUGAUAAAGGGUGAUGAUCUCUAACUGCCUCAAGAAUCCCUGCAGAUCUACUCAUACCAGAAACAUUAUGUACAUAUCAUAUAUAUCCAUGCCUUAAAUGUGUUACGAUUUUGCUAGAUAUAUAAAGUGUCCAGAUUUUUUUAUUUUAUAUUUUUGUUUUUGUUCUUUGAAAAUAUUAUAGAUCAAGAAUCAUGUUUAUUCAAACUUUGUAUUGCAAUAUUGGCUCACCUUUUAUCACCUGUAUUAAGACAAGCCAUCCUUAACUUACAUUACAUGCAGUCUGAAGAUUAAUAUGUCACUAUAAUGUUGUCUGCUAAAUUUCAUCAUUUUGAUAUUGAUAGUCUGAUUAAAUAAGAAUAUACAGGUCUGUGUUUAAAACAGGACUGCCAGUAAUCGAUUUCACAAAUGCACAAGAAGGGUAUGUAUAUAUUAUAAGUGAGAUCUACUGGGGAUGUGGGCACUGAAUUAUGGUAACUAAAGUUAACACAGGAGAUGAAAUAGUUAUGCAUUCACUCCUUACAAUACUAAAUAUAAACAGUCCACUCUAAAUAUAUGGGAUUUUGAUCUCAAAAUGCUAAAAUUAAUCCACAAAGAGGCAACACAAAAUGUAGGUUGGUCUUGCACUAUAAAGUCAUUAUCACCACAAGCUUUUAAUGACUUAAAGGCCCAUUAAGUCUGAAAAUGCCAUUAUUUUCUCUUCCUUUUUUUAACUUUAAUUUUUUUAUUUAUUUAUUUUUUGUGUCCCAAAAAAAAGAUACAUAUAUGCAGUAUAGCUGAGCCAUAUUUUACUUUUGCAUUUUUGAUUUGUACUGUUAUAGUGAUUUAUUAUUUUGUAUGAGUGUCAAAUUACCAUUUUGUUUACAUUUUGCUAUCUUUAGCACACUUUAUAAGUUUAUUUUAGUUUAUUUCACAUUCAGCACUAAGCAUCAUAUAUGUUCUAAAUCCAUUAUUACAAGGGUGUUGAAACAUGUUUGUCCUUCCUACUUAAAAAAAUAAGAAUUUGAGGCUCUAUGUACCUUUAAAGGAAUAGAAACUAAUCUGACUUAAUGUUUAUACCUCAUAUUUUGCUAGCAAGUCAACUUUCCAUUUCUCAUGUUGCAAUCCGGUAGGGUAACAUAUAUUUUAUUUUCUGUAUUGAAAUAGCUGAUGCAUGCUAAGUGAAUUGCAAAAGAAACAACAGAUGUUAUGUUAGAUUAUAUAAACAUUUACAUUAUGAUAAGCUUGAACAUUAUUCUCAGUUUAGCAUUUUAUUAAUACUUUUUGUUCAUUCAUGUAUGAAUAGUCCUUUUAAAGACUUUAAAUGUCAGAAUUUAUCUCUUGUCACCAAAGCUAGGUCACAUAUUUAUAUAUGUGUGUGUGUUUUGAUCUGUCCCUAUGUAUUUGCUUAUAUCAUGUCCUAUAUAUUUAUGCUUAUAUAACUAUCAUAUAGGUUGUGCACUUGAACAAAUGGUACUUAAACAAACAUUUUUGUUGUAGACUCAGAAUUUUGUUACUUUUUUACACCAUAGAUUUAUUAGAUUCAUUCAAUUGCUUUCAAACAUUGGUUUUAAACCAUUUACAGUUUAUGGCACAAUGUACACCAGGAUACCUGUGGUUUCCUCAACUCUGUAUUAUUAUAUGAUGUGGCUUAGAAAACACAUAUUCACGAAGGAUAUGCGAAUACAUGUCAUUCAUUGUUUAUGGAUAUUUUUGCUUGUUUAAGACGUGUUAAUCGGAUAUUUGGGCUUUUUUUAAAAUUUGAAUCUGUAUACAUUCUUUUUUGAAUAUGAUUUACUUCUAUACAGGGUUUAUUAUUUAACUUUUUACACAACAUAAACUUUGUUUGUAAUUAAUUGCCAAAAAAAAUCAGUCAUUGUAUGGAACAGAGGGAUUUUUUAAUACAAGGUUGAAUCAUUUGAUGUUUAGGUUUUCUUAUUUUUGGGUAAAGUAUCUCACAGGACUUAUGUAUAGACCUGUUUUAAAUCAAUAUACAAUUAUCAAUUAUAUGACUGUUUAAUAAGUUUAUUAUUUAAACAGUCAGAUAUAUAAAUAUUCUAAGAUAUCUAAUAUCAGAAAGUUAAAAUAUAUGUGUAUUCAGUAUAAUUAUAUAUAUUGUACUAGUAUAAUGAUAAACGAUAUUUCAAAACCCAAGUUUUUGCUCAAUUAUGUAUCACAUUUACAUACAUGUAUCUACAAAACAGCUGUACAUUUUAUUAUCUUUAUCCUAUUAUCUGAAAGUGGCCAGGAACAUAAUCAUUUGAAGUAGUAUUGAUUUUCUUUUUUUCGCAUUAGUGUAAAUGAUUAAGAUAUUCUGAUAUUUUAUAAUGCACCCACCAACUCAUUUUAAGUAUUAUAGUACAAUAGCCUGUACAUAUGAUUAUAUUUUUUCCCCAAAGUCAAGCCAGCUUGACCUAAUUUAAAUUAUGAAUAAAGGCUCAUUUUACUACAAUUUGAACAAAAUAAGUCAACAAAUAAUACUCUUGUUUAAUAUGUAAUUUAUAAUUGCAAUUUGAAAUGGAUUUCUUACUUUUUAAUUUAGAAUUAUGAAAGUUUAUCCCCUCUGGUACAUGUAUGUUUUUUGGUUCGUUUUAUACAUCAUCAAAAUGUUGAAUUGUAUUUUAAAAGGUGAUAUGCCGUUCUUGAGUUUUUCAGUCAACUUGUGUCAUAGCAUAAUCAACAAAGUUAUUUUUAUCUGUGAGAAAUUUAAUUUCUGAAAUAAAAUUUAUGAAGUAAGUAAAAGUAUAUAUUUAAGUGAAUCAUCACAUUAUUUAGUAAAGUGAUUCAUCUUAUUGUUAUAUCUCAAAAUGCUGACAAUUUAUUAGUAAUUUUAAUUUGUUAGACUGAUUUACAAAAAAUGUAAUGCACAAGUCAAUUGUAAGCACGGCCCCUCCACCCCUUGGUACUUGUGGGGACUUUGGCUUUGCAAUUUUUAAACCCUUGGUGAAGAGCCUCCCUUUGCCUAGACUGUCCGAUAAAAUACCAGCUAUAAACCAGGCACUGCCAUUUAUUUUAUAUCCUUGGCCAUUUUGGUACCAAAACAAAACCACAAUAUUGACCAGGCAGUGCGGAGACAGAUUAAAGAUAAAGACUUGGCUCAUUACCCAUGCUAUCCAGCAGAUGCAGUAAGGCUAUGUUUUCAAUUGACUGGUGUAUAUCAUAACCACUGUUUUUAGUUGAAAAUUGUGUGAGACAGUCUAUAUUUACUUGUGUGUAUGUAGACAAGCCUGGUGCAUGAACAAUGUGGCAAUAAGUUAUACUCUCUACUUACAGAAUAUCUUGGUGCAUAUUUGCAUUAUGUAUUUUACAGUUAAUAAAUAUUGUUUUAGAUAA